AGACGAUAACGUGGUGAAAACCGUCUUUGGAACAGAACUAAUUUUCCAGGCUAUUAAGCUAAUGUCAGUAAAUAUUUUGAUUAUGACACUUUGACAUGGCUGACAAACCUGUGUACCUGAGGGGGAGGGGGCGAGGGAGGGGACGUGGUAGAGGAGAGCAAGCCGGUGGAGGUAAACCUGGAGGUCAGGUUUGGAGGCAGGACAAGCCUUCUCAGCAGAACACUAACAGAGCCUCACAGAGAAAUGGACUCUUAGGAAAUAGAGGUGAUGCAGGCAGACCACCAGUCAUGUCAGGAGAAAGCCUACUAGAAGCUGCUGAUCAGAAGCUUGAGGCAAAUCGGAUGAAAUUUCAGGAGGCUGCGAAGAAAUACCUUGAUUGUGUGGAUGUGGAGUUGUCAGAUGAGGAAGAAGAUGACAUUAGUGAUACUGUGCUGAAUGAGCUCUUCAAGUCUUAUUCCAGAGAUGCUGGAGGAGAUAACUGCGUAGAUCUUGACAAAGCCCAGGAAGAUUUACUGCACAGUUUCCGGUCCGGCACCUCUGCUUGUUUGAUCUGUAUUGAGAUUAUCAAGAAGGAGGAUCCGAUUUGGAACUGUAAGGGAUGCUAUGGGAUGUUCCACAUUCAGUGUGUACAGAGAUGGGUGAAGGAAGGGGUGUGUCAGCAAGUGUAUCAGAACCAAGGGGAGAUCAGUGAGAAGGAGGUUCCCUGGUACUGUCCCAAAUGUCGCCACGAGUACAAGCAGUAUGAGUGCCCCACCCGUUACCUGUGCUUCUGUGGGAGGAAGGGGGACCCCAAAUUUGACCCCUGGCUGGUGCCUCACUCCUGUGGUCAGACCUGUGGGCGUCGCCUGAAGCCAGAGUGUGGCCACGAGUGUCUCCUGCUGUGUCAUCCAGGUGCUUGUCCGUCCUGCCCUCAGACAGUUAGGGUGAAGUGUUACUGUGGCAAGUCCUCCCCACAGACGAGGCGAUGUAGUGCGCGCACCUGGGCAUGUGGUCAGCCGUGUGGCAGACUGCUGACUUGUGGACAGCACAGAUGUGAACAGCCUUGUCAUCCAGGUGAAUGUUCUCCGUGUCCGAAAACCAGCACCCAGAAGUGUCAGUGUGGGAAGCAGGUAGAGACUCGACCUUGUGCUAGCCCAACCUGGCAGUGUACUAAGACCUGUGGGAAGAGCCUGUCAUGCGGCCACCACACCUGUGAAAAGGUGUGUCAUCCACGGAGUUGUGGCCCUUGUCCACGAGCUGGCCUUCGCUUCUGUCCCUGUGGAAAAACCAAGUUUGAACUGCCGUGUACUGAGGAUGUACCCACUUGUGUGGAUACCUGUGGGAAAGAGCUGGACUGUGGCUCUCACCUGUGCACACAGAAGUGUCACACUGGACCUUGUGGAGCGUGCCGGCAAAUGAUCACAAAGAAAUGUCGCUGUGGCCAGCGCCAGAAAGAAGUUCCAUGCUGUAAGGAAUUCCUUUGUGAAACAAAAUGUACCAAGCAGAAGGAUUGUAACAGGCACCAGUGCAAGCGUAAGUGUUGCGAUGGGAACUGUCCUCCAUGUGAACAACAGUGUAACAAAGCCCUGAAAUGUCGUAACCACAAGUGUGCCAGCCGCUGUCACAGAGGUCCAUGCUAUCCAUGUACCAACACUGUGGACAUAUCAUGUUUCUGUAAGGCCACCUGCAUGACAGUGCCCUGUGGCAGGGAAAAAAACACCAAACCACCUCGCUGUAACCGACCCUGUCAAACACCUCCUGACUGUCACCACCCAGCCCGGGAGAAGCAUCGCUGUCACUUUGGGGAUUGUCCACCAUGUCGGUUUGUCUGUCAGAAGUCUCUAACGGGUUGUCCUCACACCUGCCCAUCUGUCUGCCACACAGCUGUUAGGACCAAGGUUCAGGAGAAGGUAGCUCGUGCUGGCCCGUGGGUGCCCCAGCCACAGGUGAGGGUGGACACUCAAAAGCCUUGCCCUCCCUGUGCUGUACCAGUCUCUGUCAGUUGUCGAGGCAAACAUGAGGUGGGCAAAUUCCCAUGUGCUGAGGCUCGUCCCUACUCUUGUCAUCGUCCUUGUGGACGACAACUGGCCUGUGGGAACCACACCUGUAGUCUACCUUGUCACGAGGUUCAGGGAGACCCAGACCCAGAUCAGGCAGGUAGUAACUGCGAGGUAUGUGAGAACCAGUGUGUAGCCCCACGCCCCGAGGGGUGCCAGCACAGCUGCCUGCUUCCCUGCCACCCAGGGCCCUGCUCGCCCUGCAAACAGAUGAUACGUAAGAAAUGUCACUGUAAGGCAUUCGUCCAGCAUGUGGAGUGUAGCAGGUGGAACAGCAGCAACUCUGAAGGGAGAGCACAGCUGCAGAGCUGUGGAGGAGAGUGUCCUCGCUUGCUGAGCUGUAGUCACCAGUGUGGAGCUGUGUGUCACGAUGGAGAGUGCGCUGACCCAAAACAGUGUCAGAGAAAGGUGAACAUCCGCUGUCCAUGUCGCCGCAAGAAGAAAGACUUCCAGUGUAAAACUGUGCAGGGCGGGCUAGCCUCUGUCAGCUGUGAUGAUAUGUGUGAGAAGGAGAGGAAGAGAAAGAAAAAGGCUGAGGAAGAGGCUGAGAAGCUUCGCAAAGAAGAGGAGCUGAGAAAACAACAGGCUGAGCUAGAGGAAUUUGAACGCAAGGUGAAGGGCAAGAAAAGGAGGGCCAAGAAACCACAAGAACAGGUGGUGGAGAAAACUUUCUGGCAGAAAAAUAGGUUGGUUAUAGGUGCAGUGGGCACCCUGGGUGUGAUCAUUGGACUGGCUGUUGUCUGGCUACAUCUUGAACCUUAGGCAUGAUUACCCUCAUAACAAGGUGAUGAUAGGUGCAGUGGGCACCCUGAGUGUGAUCAUUGGACUGGCUGUUGUCUGGUUACAUCUUGAACCUUAGGCAUGAUUACCUUCAUAACAAGGUGAUGAUAGGCGCAGUGGGCACCCUGGCUGUGAUCAUUGGACUUGCGGUCGUCUGGCUACAUCUUGAUCCUUAGGCAUGAUUACCCUCAUAAAAAGGUGAUGAUAGAUGCAGUGGGCAACCUGACCAUUAUCAUUGGACUGGCUGUCACCUAUCUGUCUACUGCUGGAACCACAGAUAUGAUUACCCCCAAAAUAAGGUGGUUAUAGGUGCUGUGUGCACUCUGGGUGUGAUCAUUGGACAGGUUUUCAGUUCUUUUCAAUACAUUCUGUUGACAUGAUUGGGGUGAAUAAUUUGACAGACCUUAAUUACCUUAUGAGAGAAUAUUUUAUGAUUUGUAAUAAGUUCUUAUAUACUACUUCAAACAUUUAAAAAGGUGAAGGAAAAACAUUCCAUACUACCUGUGGUAUUAUUCAACAUUGUAAUCAAAAUGUUAGGGAGUUUUGUAUUUAAAUGUUGAUAGUUAAUGUUAUGCAAUGCAUGCUUAAUGUUUACUCUGGUAUUAAAAUAAAUUGACAAAAUUUAACUGUUAAUCAUGUUAGCUAGCUGUCCGUCAGUGUUUGCGCAGGUACCAUGCUGUUUUGGAUGUUGUUGUUUUUUUAGAUAUGUGCAAAUAUUGUAUAUAUGUGCAAAGGUGCUGUAUAAUAUUUGCAAUUAUUGAAGAUGUUUGCCGUAAUUCUUAGUCUGUUGACAAAUGGUUUACAUGUAAACUCAGAGAGACAAGUGUAAGGGUGGUAUCAACAGUCAGUUGUUUCACCUGGUACAUUUUGUGGUACACUUUUAACUCUCUGAACCCUACAAUGAAUAAGGUUAUACAAAGGAAAAGAUUUUACAUAAAUAUACCUAAAGAGCAAUGCUCAGUGUGUCAAACUAGACUUCUUAACUUUUGAAUUAUUUCUUUGAAAACAUUAAAAAGCAUAUGUAAUUUUGAUGUCCUGUUACCUUUUUCGAUGUCACUGGCCACAUUUCACUUUGCUUUUUUCACACAGAGAAAAGCUAAAUCCUGUCCAUUCCAUCAGGGUCUAUCAGAGUCUAAUCAUAUCAGGGUCUAUCAGGGUCUAAUCAUAUCAGGGUCUAUCAGGGUCUAAUCAUAUCAGGGUUUAAUCUUUCCAGGACUACAUGUACAUCUGUAUCAUUAGCUGUGGUUUCUCUGCCAUCGCUUAAUGAUAAAGUUGCACAUCUUUCUUCAAACACGCUGUCUUUAUGUUGUGUUGUCCGAGAUGUCAAGCGCAGUGACUGGUUAUGUACAGCAUGUGGAAGUAUUAGACAAUACAUUUUAAAUAUAAAAACCAGGUAACCAAAAAAAUCGUCAAGACUGGUAGAAUGUGUUCAUCAGUUUAUGAUGAAACAAGGAUUCCAGGAAGAACAGUUCUAGUCAAACCAGACAGAUGAUAUAGCCUAACAUUUACUGGUCGUGCCCUACCACUGACAGUACAGAUAAUUCAUGCAGAAAGUAUGAACACAAAUUUCAGCACUGGAUUAGAAACCGCUUCAGUGCAUUAUGAAAGUCAAAUGCAGAGUAGGUCCUAAAACGUGAAGGGCCAGUUACAAAGUCAAAAAGAGCUUAAACUGGGUACAUGUAACAAAAGCAUUUUAACAGCAUCCUUACACUUCAGUUAUAUUUGAAGACACCAGCAUAUAAAUUUCAGAAGUUUUAUAUUCUUGUAUGAUAAUGAGCCACUUGGCGCACUGUUUUGUGAAAAUUUGGUGCACUGCUUUGUGAACAUUGUUGAGUAAUGGUAAAGAUUUAUUCAUUGUGUGUAUAAAACAUCA